ACAUUUUGUUGUGGAGUCUUGCGCAAUGAAUUUUGUUCCGAUUAGUCAACGGGCUACUCGGUCAAAUAAUCGAUUCUAAAAAAUCUUCCGCUGUCCGCUCGGUUGCUUUUAGAACGCGCUUUUGAACACAUCCUUCGUCCAUUUUCAUAGUCUGUUCUCCACGUCUUCCUCCUCCUCUUCCUCGCUCCGUUUCCCCCACCUGGAGAGGGGGAGGAGCUUCAGGUGUCGCCAGACGAGCUGCCGAGAUUGACAGACAGACAGACAGACAGACAGACAGGCAGGCAGGCAGGAAAAAAGCGGAGAAAGAGCAAGAGACAGAAGAAGGGCAGUCGAGAGCGGCAGAGUUGAAUCUUUUUUUGGGGCGGGGGGCAAACCGAUGCGGCCCGCGUGAGGCCCUCGUCGCACGUACGAGCCUGCAGGGAUGGAGAAGCGAUUGGAGGAGCUGAGGCAGCAGCUGGAGAAGCAAUGUCUCAUCAGCGAGGAGCUGCAGAGGCAAAAUCGAGAAUUGGAGCAACGUCUGCAGGAGAAAGAGAAACUCGUGCGGGAGCUGCAGGCGCAGUACCACGACCUCGAGUUUCCGCCUCCGAUCGGGGCCGAGCUCGAACCCGAGUUCCGGAAGAGUCGCGCGGCCGUCGUCGCGCCGGAACCCAUCCCCGAGACGCUGGACGUCGGGAAGGCCAGAGUGAAGAAAACCGACGGCGAGACCAAUCUAAUCGUCAAAGCCAUCCAGAAGAACGACUUCCUGAGCCGGCUGGAUGAUGAACAAAUCGCCAUGAUGGUGGACCUCCUGGAGACCUUCGACGUCAGCCGCGGCGGCGAGGUCAUCAAAGAGGGCUCCGAAGGCAACAGCAUGUACAUCGUGGCAGCCGGAGAGCUCAUCGUCACCCAAGCGGGCCGCGACCUCCGAACCCUGACCAGGGGCGAUGUUUUCGGCGAGUUGGCCAUCCUGUACAACUGCAAACGAACAGCCACGGUCAAAGCGAAGACGGAGGUGCGACUGUGGUGCAUGGAGAGACAGACCUACAGGACCAUCAUCACCAACAAAUCCAAGAAGAAACGAGAGCAGCUCCUGGGCUUCUUGAAGACGUCUCGGACUCUGAAGGACCUGAAUGAUGUCCAGUUGUCCAAAAUCAUUGACUCCAUGGAGGAGGUCAAGUACCAGAACAAAGACGUCAUCGUCCGCGAGGGGGCCGAAGCCAACACGUUCUACAUCAUCCUUAAAGGGGAGGUGUUGGUGACCAAGAGCGUGAACGGCCUCCAGAAGCAAAUUCGCCGGAUGGGGAAGGGCGAGCAUUUCGGGGAGCAGGCCCUCAUACGCGAAGUGUUGCGAACGGCCACCUGCGCAGCCGACGGCCCCGUCACCUGCUUCUCCAUCGACAAAGAGGUGUUUGAGGAGACCAUCCCCGUCGAGCACUUGGAGCUAUUUGAUGACUCCAAGAUGCUGCAGGAGACGCACGCUCCUGAAAAGUCCAGUCUCAGCUCCACUCUGAGAUUGAAGGACCUGGUCCCGGUGUUGUACCAGGAGGGCCGCUUCCAAGGGGACCCGGUCACCCUCGGGGUCGGAGCGUUCGGCCGCGUGCAACUGAUGAACGCGUUGAACCACGGCAAGUAUUACGCCAUGAAGCGAGUGAGCAAGAAGCACAUUGUCGGCAAGAGGCAGGAGGAGCACGUGUUGUUUGAGAAGAAGAUCCUGAAGGCCAUCCAGUGCGACUUUAUUGUCAGGCUUCACGCUACCUUCAAAGACACUCGUUACAUCUACAUGGUGAUGGAGUUCUGCGGCGGCGGCGAGAUCUGGACCAAACUCAAAGAAGUAGGGCGUUUCGAUGAGCAGAUGGCCGUCUUCUGCACGGCGUGCGUGGUGGAGGCCUACGCCUACCUCCAUAAGAAGAGCAUCAUGUACAGAGACCUCAAGCCCGAGAACCUCAUGCUGGACGCGUGCGGCUACGUCAAACUGGUGGACUUUGGUUUCGCCAGAGAGUUGGUGCGCGGUGAGAAGACGUACUCCUUUGUCGGUACUCCUGAAUACAUGGCUCCCGAGAUCAUCAAGAACCAGGGACACGACUUUGCUGUGGACUUCUGGUCGCUUGGCGUCCUGAUCUACGAGCUGCUGGUGGGAAGUCCGCCCUUUUCGAGCUCGGAACCUCAGAAGAUUUACUCCAAGAUUCUGGACGGGGUGCUGAAGUAUCCUCCGUACUUGAGCGAGGCGGCCAAGUCCAUCAUCAGCAAGCUGUGCAGACCUCGGCCCGGUCAGCGGCUAGGAAACACCAAGAACGGCAUUCAAGAAGUCCGACAUCACAGGUGGUUCAGUAACAUGAACUGGCACAAGCUGCGCAUGGCACAGCUGGACGCCCCCACCGUGCGCCUCAUCCGCAAGGGCCCGUGCUACAUCAAUUUCGACCGCUUCCCUCAGGACCAGACGAAGGCGGACGAGGAGUUCUCGGGUUGGGACCGGGACUUCUGAGCCGUCGGGAGGCUGCGGACGUCACCCGGUAUUUGAUCGUAUCCACGUUUGCGCGGGAAAUGGCGACCCCUGCAUGUUGCGGUGAAGAACACGUAGGAGAACUCCUUAAAAUGGAUCUAAACAGACUGAUGACCGUUGGAUUAUCUUCUGUUGAAAAUGUAUUUGUAUCAUUAAUACUUGAUAUGUGUUCUCCUGGCUGGAGAAUUACUGCUCCUACGAUAUUGCAUACAAAAGAGUAAAGUGUGUGCUGCAUGCUUUGAAUGGGACAAAAUAAAAUCUAAAAGUCCAAAUGAUAACUCUUAACAUCAAAAAAUUCUAUAUUAGUUAUGUUAACAUCAAUGGACAAUAAAAAAAAUAGUGGGACAUUUAUUGUCGCUAGGUAGAAAUGUGUCCAAAUGUUUAAUUUAAGGAAUGGAGAUGAUCAUUUCAAUUAAAAAGCAAAUUGUUCUCUGGCAAAUCUGAUCUGCAUUCCUAAUAUGUGUUUUGUGUCAUGGCUUGCGGUAAAGAUAAUCUUUAACAAUAAAAGUGUUUUUGCUAUUUA